ACCUCUCUCACAGCUAUGUUCAACUGGGUUCACUCCAACUUCCACUACACCCCUCUUAAAGCUUCAAGAAAGAAAAGUGAAUCUAUCACAAAGGAGGCCAAAAGGCAAGGAUUAGCAAAGCAAGUGGAUGAGAUGGUUGAUAUUCUUGAUGAUUGGAGGAUCAACGGCCGUCGUCUUACCAUUUUCUUCAUGGGUUUUGACAAAUCAUCAAAAUCCACAAAUUAUAAACCCCAAUAUUUCAAUUUGAAGGAGGGAAAGAGAGACAAAAUUGUUGAUGACGAUGACGACGACGACGACAAUGACGAUUUGAGCCCGUUAAUGGCCACGACGUUCCCCAACAACUUCGACGACAAUGGUGAGUUUUGUACUCAAUUUGACAAGUCCCGAGUUGUUGUGGCCAUCGAGCGACAUGUCGCUCGACUCCGCCGGAGAGUGACGUUGGCGGAUCUGCUCAUGGCGGAUGCAGAUGGGAAGCCGAAGCUGGAUUUGAAGGAGAAUUUGCCGGAAGUUGAGACGGCCGACGGCUCCUACUUCGCCAAAAAGCCGGAGAUGGAGGCGGCGCCACCUGAGACAAAUCUCCGGAAACUAAUGAGGAAGAUGACGAGGAGAAAGAUUCAUACCGAGCUCGACAAUGACCAAAUGCUCGGAGAAAAAAAGAUGAACCAUAGAUCACAAACUAAAUGGAAUGGUCUUUGAACAACCAAUCUCUCUUCUUCGAUUCAAGCUGCUUCUCCUUGAGAUCCCAUCAAUGGAGUUCCUUUUUUUUUUUGUCUUUAUUUUAUUUUAUUUUAUUUUCCCUAUUUUAAGGUUGUAAAUGAGCCAUGUGAAAGCCACGUGUUCACUUCUCUUAAGCUUUGUGGUAUCUCUUUUUAUUAUUAUAAUAAUUAUUAUUGUGGAUUAUCUUGAUUCAAUA